GCAGUUCACCGCAUGCCAGUUUCUGUGAACAUUUUAAUUCAAUGGACAUUCACGGUGCUGCCAGAGAUGGUGACUUGAGUGCUAUUCGAGAUGGCAUCAGGAUGGGAAAGAGUGUCAAUAGUGUGAACAGAGAUGGGUGUACUCCACUAUGGCGAGCAGCCUAUGGUGGUCAUACUGACUGUGUCAGAGAACUGCUCUCAUUGGGAGCAAAUGUGGACCUGAUUAACAGGGAUGGGGAUACUCCAUUAUCAGUGGCAGCAUGGAGUGGUCAUCAUCAUGUUGUCAGAGAGCUGCUUUCAUCAAGAGCUGUGGUUGAUCUAGAUAACAAGUAUGGAUGUACACCACUUUGGAGGGCAGCCAGUGAAGGUCACACAGACUGUGUGAGAGAGUUGCUCUCAUCAGGAGCCAUGGUGGACCUGGCUGACGAGAAUGGGGUCACGCCACUAAUGAGGGCAGCAUACUGGGGCGAUGAAAACAUUGCAAGAAAGUUACUCUCAUCCGGGGCUUCAGUUCAUUGGACUAAUGAAAAAGGGGAGACUGCUCUAAUGAUAGCCAAGGGAUCACGCUAUUUGAAUUCUGAGACAAUCAAGCUUCUAGAGGAAGCUGAAUCACAUUCUGUUCGGGUCCUCCCCAGAAACUGGAUUGUUGUCACUGACACAGAAACAAAGAGGCCUAUCUACCAGAAUAAGACCAGAACAGUGGGUACACCACCUGGAUAUCCCCUUCACCAAACCUUUGAACAUCCUGGUGUCACUUUCUAUGACAAGCCUCAAAAGAAGGAAUUCACUUCCAGUGGUGGACACACCGACUUUGACAACGGAGUUGAAGUGGCUGUUCCAGCUAAUGCUGUCCCACCAGGUACCUCUGUGUGCAUUAAGGUCCAACCCAGCCUUGCCCCCAAUGAUGUUUUUGUGAUGCCUGAAGGCAUUCAGUCUGCAAGCCCAUCCUACUUCAUCUCUGGUGAAGGUCUAAACGGAGAGGUGACCCUAAGCAUGGAGCAUCAUGUACGAGUGUCCACCCAAGAAGAAUCUGAUGACCUCAUAUUUCUCCAAGCUGACUCAUCUCCCAAGAGAUCUAGCUCAAAAAGUGUCUAUGAGUAUCAAGAAGUACCACAGGGCCGGUCAGAAUUCACUCCAGGAGGGAACAAGGGGACACUAACGAUGGUCACACGACUGAAGAAGUUCUUCAAAAUUGGCCAGAAAAAGAGAGGCGCAACUAACAGUAACCUCUACACUGUCAGAGUUUACCGGUCUCCUCCACACACAACUGGGGACAGAAUGGCUCUUGUCAUUGUCAGCUUCUUCCAUCGACUUUUCCUUGAUUUCUUACAGACGUUUGAGGCUGACGUCCUUCCCCAAGAAUAUCCGCACUUAUCAACUUGCCCUGCUCACCGGACCAUCAAACAACCUCUCUGUUUUGUCGAAGUUGAUGCAGUACUGGAACUUGUCUGUGACCCAACCUGGAGGAGUGUGCCUGACCAGAGAAUGAUCUCCCGAGAUGAAGUGGACCUGCCAGUGAUUGGUCAGUUCUCACCAGAGGAGCUUCACUGCUACCCACCCAGGAUAGUGUGUCGGUUCUUCGCUGAGCAAGGAGCUGUCUCCACCACAUGCACUCUCUCACUGCAUGGCUUUGACAAACCAGUGAGAGUGGAUAUGGCAUUGCUCGCUCCUCAGAGAUCAGUGGACACUAGACAACUGAAGGAAGCUACUGAAGGACUGAGGAGAACAGUUAGUGAGAUAACCACCUCACAGCUUGGCUCUACUGUGGAGAGCGUACUGUCACUAAUGCAGACUAUGACAAACGCACUUCAUUCAUCUUCUCUGAGUGAUCUGGCUGCCCACACUGACUCCAUACGGGCAGAGAUAGCGUCUGUCGUUGUAGUAACCAGGAGAGUUGUCGAGGAGUGCACAGUACAGAGCAUCAGUGAGAACAUUGCAGCCGGUCUCUCUAAGGUGGAGACUUUAUCUCACCAGCUUUGUCUAGUGGCCAAGGUCAAACUCAAACACUGUCAAGACCAAUCAGAGGAGACAGCUGCUCUUGCUGACCUAGUAGAGAAUGGAGCUAAUCUGUUGAGAAGUGUGGACUGUCUACUCACGGACAUCCACACACUCAGUGGAUUUAGUGGUAACGCUGGGUAUAGUGUGCUGGUGAGGUUCAGUGACAAGAUAGUACAAUCUAUCUCAGAGGAUCCGAAGGCCUUGGCCCUCCACCUCCUGUCAGCUGGGCUUAUCACUGUGUCCAUUCUUGAGAAAACCAACGAGUAUGUGAAUGAGACCAAGAGAGAAAAGGCCACCAGAUUGUACACUACCCUGCUGGGUGUGGUCAAAAACCACCCCCACAAGUACCACAAGUUUGUCUCCACUCUCAGACUCAACCCACUACACAUUGACUUGGUUAGAGAAUUAGACAAAACUAUAUAGUUACUAACUCAACAUGUGCAUGAAUGUACGUGCGUAUUUUUACUUUGGCCAUAGUUUUGAUAUGCAUCGGCUUUUUCUCUGAUUUUUGUGGCUUUUAUAUGUUGAUAUUUUUGUUGCUCCAA